CACAGUCUUGACUUCUACUUCCGGGUUACGUCAACACGACCUUUGUCCAUUUAAAACUGUUUCAGUCGUUUAUUAUUAUUUUUUUCCGCUAUGUAUCACCAACCCGUAUUAAAGAACCGCCGCACACUAUUGGAGAGGGCCGAGAAGUUCGUUUCUAGUGUUUACUUCACAGACUGCAACCUGCGAGGACGGUUAUAUGGAGACUCCCAGCCGGUGGAAUCCAUCAGCUCGUUUAUGUCAUCGAAACGAAUAACCUUCUCAGAGGCGCAAACGCAGAAGUUCAGCCCUUACAAAAUUGGUGAUCAUUUUGGACCAACAUGGUGGACGUGUUGGUUUAAAGUAGUCGUGGAAAUCCCCGUUUCCUGGAGAGGAAAAGAAGUCCAUCUUCUGUGGGAAAGUGAUGGCGAGGGGAUGGUCUGGAGGGAUGGACAGCCAGUUCAGGGUCUGACUAAAGAAGGUGAAAAGACAAGCUACAUCCUUUCUGACUGUCUCACAGAGGAGGAGCCACACAGUGUGAACUUCUAUGUGGAGCUGGCCUGUAAUGGUCUUUUUGGAGCCGGUCAAGGGUCCAUGAUUGCAGCUCCGGAUCCGAAUAGGACCUUCUCCGUGGGGAAGGCGGAGCUGGUUGUAUUUAACAGAGAUGUCAGGGAACUGCUGACUGAUUUUGAGAUGCUGAUUGACAUCGUCAAGGAACUGGGCGAGAGCGAGCAGCGGGGCUUCCAAGCGCUCUUCACCGUGAAUGAAAUGGUUAACGUGAGCGACCCGGCCGAGCCGAGUUCCUUUUCCAAAGCGCACGCUCUGGCUCACAAGUUCUUCAGCCAGCACAAUGGCCAAAGCCAACAUAGUGUCCAUGCCAUGGGUCACUGCCACAUCGACUCAGCUUGGCUGUGGCCUUACGAAGAAACCAUUCGCAAAUGCGGUCGGAGCUGGGUGACCGCCGUCCGUCUUAUGGAAAAGAACCCCGAGUUUGUUUUUACUUGUUCUCAGGCUCAACAAUUUGAAUGGGUCAAGAGCUGGUACCCGGGACUCUUCUCCGAGAUUCAACAUUACGUCAAGACGGGACAGUUUGUGCCUGUCGGAGGAACGUGGGUGGAGAUGGAUGGCAAUCUGCCGUCAGGAGAAUCCAUGGUGAGGCAGUUCUUGCUGGGCCAGCGUUAUUUUGAGCAAGAAUUUGGAAAGCGUUGCAAAGAGUUCUGGCUUCCAGAUACAUUUGGCUACUCGGCCCAACUCCCUCAGAUAAUGCGCGGUUGCGGAAUUCGCAAUUUCCUGACGCAGAAACUCAGUUGGAACCUCGUCAACGCCUUCCCUCACAACACGUUUUUCUGGGAAGGACUUGAUGGCUCCGCGGUUUUGACUCACUUUCCUCCUGGGAAUUCCUACUCGAUGAUGGGGAAGGUUGAAGACCUUGUAAAAAGCGUCAAGCAAAACAAAGACAAAGGCCGAGCCAAUCACAGCGCCCUGUUGUUUGGAUUCGGUGACGGUGGCGGCGGCCCCACGCAGUUGAUGUUGGAUCGACUCAAACGGGUCCAGGACACAGAUGGACUUCCCAAGGUUUGCAAUUCCAGUCCCGACAAAUUCUUUUCUCAGCUUUGGGCUGACUCGCAUUUGCUGUGCACGUGGAGCGGUGAACUUUUCCUAGAGCUGCACAAUGGCUCGUACACCACACAGGCACAGAUCAAGCGGGGCAACCGCCAGUGUGAGACGCUUCUGCAUGAUGUUGAGAUGGUCAGCAGCUUGGCAAUGUGUCACCGUAAAACAUUCCAGUACCCCGCCGUGAAGCUGCAGGAACUCUGGAGGCUUCUGCUGCUGAACCAGUUCCACGAUGUCAUCCCGGGCACUUGUAUAGAGAUGGUUGUGGAGGAUGCGUUGAGGUAUUAUGAAGAUAUCAAGGGAAGCGGUGCUGCUCUCCUACAAGAUGGCCUCAGAGCCCUCAUGUCUCAGGGCGAGGCCACGGGUGUCUUCAACUCUCUGCCUUGGGAGCGCCUUGAAGUCCUCCAGAUACAAGAUGGCGUCAGUCAACACAAUUUGGCUCUGGUGCGAGUUCCGAGCGUCGGCGUAUCUCCCAUUCAAGACGCAAAGCCCGUGACGCCUGUCUGUGUUACCGUUCAGGCCGACGGCAGCGUUCUGAUGGAAAACGGGAUUGUGCGGGCUGUGGUAAACAAAGAUGGCACCCUGACGUCGCUGUGUUUGAUCAAUGCAAACAGGGAAGCCAUCCCGGAUGGUUUCGCUUGUAACCAGUUUGUCGUGUUUGAUGACGUACCUCUCUACUGGGACGCUUGGGACGUCAUGGAUUACCACCUUCAAACAAGGAAACCACUGGUGGAGGUACUGCGCCCUGCUCAUGUGCUGUCAUCCCACGAACUCCGAGGAAGCGUGACCUUCACGCUUUCCAUCAGCGACAGGAGCACAAUCACGCAGGAGAUUGUGAUGGAUGCCAUGUGUCCUUACAUUAAAUUCAACACGCAGGUCAACUGGGCUGAGUCGCACAAGUUUCUGAAGGUUGAGUUCCCAGUACGAGUGCACAGCCCCAACGCUACCUAUGAGAUCCAGUUCGGACAUCUGCAGAGACCCACGCACAGGAAUACAUCGUGGGACUGGGCCAAAUUUGAAGUUUGGGGUCACAAAUGGGCCGAUUUGUCCGAGCACAAUUUUGGAGUGGCCCUGCUCAACGACUGCAAAUACGGCUAUUCGGUCCAGAAGAACACCAUGACGCUCUCCUUGUUGAGGGCACCAAAGGCUCCGGAUGUCAACGCCGAUAUGGGCACACAUCAUUUCACCUAUGCCAUCAUGCCACACAAAGGGUCCUUCCAAGAUGCCGCAGUCAUCCAAUGCGCUUACAACCUCAACUUCCCUCUGAGGCUAACGCCGUGCUCGCCAGACGCAGCCGCGUGGAGCGCCUUUUCCGUCAGCCCAGCCAGCGUCAUCCUGGAGACUGUUAAACAGGCCGAGGACAGGAAAGGCGCCGUCGUCGUCAGACUGUACGAGGCUCACGGCGGCGGCGUGACCGCGACCCUCCGCGUGAUGUUUCCGGUCAAGGAGGCCUGGCAUUGUAAUCUUCUCGAGCAAAUCGACACUGCUGAGUCGGCACACGUGACUGAAAAUGGAAUUAGUCUCAACUUCAGCCCCUUUCAAGUCAGAUCACUUUUGCUUGUUGUCGAUGCAUAAAAAUUGGUCAUUUUGCUUUACGUACUUCAAAAUAUUUCCCAAUUUUUUAUUUUUAUUUUACAAAAGAUUAAAAAUAGUAUUUCAAAAUCCAGUGAUGCUUUGUUUUCACUUGACAUUUUGCCUUGUCAGUCUUUCGCUACGCCUCCGAGGACCUGCAAAUAAAAAAAAGUGACGACUUCACAA